AUGUACUUGAUUUGCUUCAGUGACCUAAGAUUUUGUAACAAUAAGACUGAAAUUUAUUUCCCAGCCAAAAAGAAGUAUGAGUUGGCUGCUGGGAAGGAGAGAAGCAGAAGAAAGAAAGAAGGCCAUUUUAGUCGCAUGGGGAAAGUCCUGAAGCGAGCCCACCCUGACUUCAGCGGGCACACCUGGGUCCUGGAUGCACUAGGCUCUCUGGAUGACUGGCAACUGGAAUGCGUAAGCCUGGAGGCAUUUCGACUGGCCUUCUAUAACCACAGGAGAGCUGUCACCAGCAGAGAGAUCCUCGGAGCGGUCAAGCAGAGAUCCUCUCAGAAGAGCUUGUGAAUAAAUGAAGUUGUUCUGAAUGGCCCUGUUGUUAAAAAGAGUGCACUUGUCAAAAUUGGAUGUAUGUCAGAGGGCUGGGCUGGAAGACAAGGUGUCUGUUGCACACAGGUCUCUGGAGCCUGUAUUUUCAGUGUCCAACUUUAUGGAAAAAAAAAUUCAUGGAAGGCAUUUCUCUGUGUAUGCCUGUGCACUUAGUAUGUUUGUCAGU